UCUAUAAAACCAUCUGUUACAUGGCUCUGCCUGAAAAUCGUUCAGGCAGAGCCAUGUAACAUCAUUUUAAUCAGAUUGUUCUAUAUAUAAAUUGAACAUUUAGAAGCAUGUAUAUUUCUCCCUGAAGUAAAAGGUAUUUAGGUUAUAUUUAAACAGUAAUAUUCAUCUGAUUCUCUAUAUCUUACUUCAUGCCUGACUUCACACAUUAGCAACACUUGAGGAUUUUCCUGAGACAUCAUACAAAGUAACUGACGUUGUAUCAAACGACCGUUUUACUCGAAGCACAGCCAGAUAAUGGAGACAGAUAAGAGGUUAUCUCAAGCACAUGCAAUAGCUGAAACUCGAGAUAGAAAGACGCAGUUCUACGACUCGUGGAGUAAAUUGUUUGACCAGGACAUGCUCUCUGACGGAUAUAGCGGUCCAUCUAUGGCGGCAGAUGCAGUGGCUGGAUUAUAUCCCGGGGAUCGGGAGAAUGUGCACAUACUUGAUAUUGCAGCAGGAACGGGUUUUGUUGGCGAACAGUUGGCAAAGCACGGAUUUGUCAAAGUUGAUGCCUUGGAUCCAUCCCAAGGAAUGUUGGAUAAAGCGAAAGCAAAAGGUGUCUACCAAACGUUGAUUUGCUCGUAUUUCGAUGAGAAAAAACUUGACAUUGCACCAGAUACCUAUGAUGUCAUCGUCAUUUGCGGAGGCUGUGCCAAUAUGCACCUGCCAUGUGACUGCCUUUGGGAAGUCUUGCGUCUUGUUAAACCAGGUGGGUAUUUUGUGAUGGUCACCCGCCCAUUUCACCUAGAUACGGUUGAGGAGUACAACGGACGUUUUGAACCCUUGAUGGACGAGAUAGAAAAAGAGGGGAAAUGGAAAAACAUCCGAAAGGAAGUUGUUCCUGGCUAUCACAGAGACUAUGAGGGCAUUGUGUUUGUAUAUCAAAUAAAAUAAGAACGUGAUUGAGAAGAAAGCCGAAUCUGCUGAUUCGUGUAUGUAUAGUGACUUAGCUAGGCACUGGAGUUCACUGUCCAUUUUCAUAAACUAAAAAUAAUAAAUGUUUAAAGGAAACGGCUAUCGAGAUUUAGUUAUUCGGGUUACACGCUUCUGCAUGCUUUAGCUCAGCAAUCAUUCUCUAGUUACAGUUGUAAGAUAAGGUACAAAACUGAGCGACUCCAAAACUCAUGAUUAAAGAUAUCUUGUGUUAUUAUAAUUAACAAUGAAAUAUAUAUGAUACUCUUGACACUCCAUCCUCUUUAAAAAGAUGAGCAAAAAUGAAACUGUGAUUUGUCAUGUUAAUUGACACAAUAUAGGAAAACAUACGAAAAAGUUAAGGUGUUCAUUGUGAAAA